AUGCUGGAGGGGGGAAACCUCACUGUUUUGUCCGGUUUCAUCCUCCUGGGCUUCUCUGACGCCCCAGAGCUACAAACCACCAUCUUCACCACUUUCUUAUCCCUGUACGUUUCAACGGUGCUGGGGAACCUGACGAUGAUCCUGCUAACCAACGCCGACCCCCAGCUCCGCACCCCCGUGUAUUUCUUCCUGACCCACUUAUCUUUCAUAGGUUUUUGCCUUUCCUCCACUAUCGUCCCCAAAGCGCUGGAGACCUUCCUGCUGGGGAGAAGCCACAUCUCUUUUUGGGGUUGCUUUGCCCAGAUCUAUUUUUUCGUUGCUCUGACUGUCUGCGAGUGCUUCCUCCUGGGGGUGACGGCUUACGACCGAGGCACGGCUGUCUGCAAGCCGCUGCUCUACCCCACCACCACGUCCAGGGCGCACCGCAGCGGCGUGACGGCGCUGGUGUACACCACGGGCUUCCUCACCUCCUUGGUGCACACCGUCCUGGCGGGGAAGUUGUCCUUCUGCCGGGACAGGAGCAUCAACCACUUCUUCUGCGAGCUGCCCACCCUCCUGCAGCUCUCCUGCUCCGACGCCGGCGCAAACGAGCUCUUGCAGGUUUCCAACGCCGCGUUUAACGUGGCAGGAUCCGUCCUGACGGUGCUGGUUUCCUACGCCUACAUCCUCUGCACCAUCCUGCAGAGCCCUUCGGCCAGGAGGAGGCUUAAAGCUUUCUCUACCUGCGCCUCCCACCUGGCUGCCAUCACCGUCUUCUACGUGCCGGGGCUGCUCGCCUACGUCCGGCCUCGCAAGGCGGGCGCGCGGGGUCAGGCGAAGCUGGUUUCAGCGCGUUACACCGUCCUGACCCCCACCCUCAACCCCCUCACCUACAGCCUGAGGAACAAGGAGGUGAAGGGGGCCCCGAGGAGGCUGUGGGUGCGGAAGCUGGUGCCGCAUCUCUCCAGGCUUUGA